AGUUACUUUCGAGGCCUUUGUCCUGAGGCUGUGCCCGCUUGAGAGAUGCGGCGCGGUCCAGGCAUCGCGGGGCUGAAGCAGAGCCAGGCCCAGCGAAGCACCAUCGCGGCUGCGGGCGACCAGUCCAAGGCUGCGCAGCUGGCGGAUGCCAAGGCCAACUUCGAGGUCCUUCGGGCCAAGCUGACGGAGUUCGCGCAGAAGCACCGUAGCCGCAUUAACUCCGACCCACAGUUCCGCCAGGCCUUCUGCGAAAUGUGCGCGGCGGCGGGCGUCGACCCCCUCGCGAGCAGCAAGGGCGUGUGGGAUCAGCUACUGGGGGUGGGCCAGUUCUACAGCGAGUUGGCCGUGCAGGUGCUGACGGUGUGCAUUCAGACGCGCGAGAUGAACGGCGGUUUGCUCGACUUGCGCGAGUGUCUGUCUCUGGUCCAGGCGCUGAGACCAGCGGACCAGACAAUCUCGGAGGAGGACGAUGUCGAGACCGCCAUCAGCUCGCUCUCGGCCCUGGGCCGCGGCGUGGGCGUUCGCAGGUGCGGGGACCGAAGGACUGAUUGUGUACUCCGUGCCGGACGAACUGAACACGGACCCCUCGCAGGCGCUGGAGAUCGCGGCGCGGGCGGGGGGCAAGGUGUGUUCGGAGGACCUGACACGACAGCUCGGCUGGAGGCCUGAAAGGGCCGAGGCGGCGCUCGCGCACUUCGUUCGGGAGGGCCUCUGCUGGUCGUCGCCAGGACCCGGCGGUGGACAUGUGGUACUGGUUCCCCAGCAUCGCGCUGGCGGGCAGGAGCUGAGUCGCCGCCCACUCGCCCCCCUGGGGCGGCGGGCCGCCGUGGGCCGCGGCCGGGCAGACAGAGGCCCACUUGCUCGUGCCCGCUGGACCGGGAGAGGCGGAGCAAAGCGCGCGCAAGUCUGCGGUGCCGUCUCGUGGUGGUUCCAG